AGACAAUAUGAACCGUUUUCUAACCCCCGGAAAGGUUGUGCUCCUUGUUGUGGCUCUACUAUAUGCGGAGGAUGUGGUCCCGACGGCUCAGACGACUUCCAUACUGACCUUCCUCAUGGGACAUGUCAUUCCCAUUAACAGAGAGUCCUGUACAACGGACACGAACGCCGGAUCUGACCAUGCCUUGCCGAUAUCAGCUUUCGAAUGGGCACUUUCUACUCUCCCGUCUUCGCGGCCUGGGCGGUCUUUAUACGACCUCUUGUUAAAAAGACUCUGGAUGAUUGACUGUUUCCAUGCCUUCGAGGCGUUCAUCACCAACCUUCCAUGUCUCCUGGCCAAGACGAGAGAACAGAUCCUCCGAGAGCGGGAAGCCGAUGACGACUCUGAGAUUUCAGAAGAUCUGGUCCAUGGUCCCAUCCUCAGGACUUCGCCUUUGGGUGCUUUCAUCCGCCGAUGCUAUCUUGAAUAUAUGAGACUUCAGUUCCAGGACAGCAUUGCUCUCUGGCAGAGUUUCAUCUUGUACAGACUGCCUACCUGGCAAUCUUACGAGAAGAAGAACAUUGUCCAUGAGGGAAGUGCGCUUGAUGUCAGUCUGGACAGUCUCCGCAUUGGCCCUUCACAUCAACUUGCCCAAUUAGUGUACGGUGGAUUGGCUGAAGAAAAAUCCAACCAUCAGGGCGCUUUCAGCACGUAUGAUCUCGAGAAGCUCAUGGAAUUCCAAGUCUCCGAGCUUCAAAGGAUCGGAGGGCGGCUCCCGGACAGCAUGAAAGCGAAGCUCCAACAAGUGGCAAAAUCAAGCAAUAUCAUUCCAAAACUAGGAUACUACUUGAGGUUUCUCGACUCAUGGCGAGCACGAGAUUAUUACUCGGCCUUCGACAAUUUGCGCCGAUAUUUCGAUUACGCGAUGCAGAGCAGGGAACGAGCUUUCUAUCAGUAUGCGCUUCUUAACCUUGCAAUUCUCCAAGCCGACUUCGAUUGUUACGAUGAAGCGCUCCCAGCCAUGCAAGAAGCUAUCGCAACAGCUCGCGAGAAUAGAGAUGUGACCUGCCUGAAUUAUUGUAUGAGUUGGCUCUAUCAUUUUGGAAGGUCGUUUCCAAAUAAACUGAGUACGCAAGAGGGAAAGGGAAUCCUUGGGAACGAGGUGGAAGGCCUGGCAUUCCUGAAAUCCAGGGCAAAGGAUGCCGAAAUGUGGAGUCUUCUGAGCACCACCCUAUUGAGCGAAGCCAAACUCGGGCUGCAGUAUGGGGACAACCUUGCAGUCGUAUUCGAGAAUAUUGCAAAGGCAUCGCACUUGAAUACCAUCCGGUCGACGCAUAGCAUUACCGGGUCCACACUGCUAAUGAAGGGCGCAGCAUACAGCAGGGUCGGUAUCGCCCAUCUGACUUGGUUGUGUGGACAGGCCUUCCUGCAAUGCCACAUCAAGGAGGCGCCGGUGGAAGAUAUUCUCAAAUGCAACUGCAGGAUGGCCGGUUUGUUGGUCCAGCGAGGCCGAUAUCGUGAGGCGGACGAAGUUCUUGACGGCAUCCCGAUACACGUCCGCCGGGUGCCCAAGUUUCAGAACUACCUCAACUUCUACCACGGGUUGUUGAAAAGUCGAAGGUUUUUGCACAGAGACGAUCUCAAUGCUGCAGAACAUCUGCUCGUCCGUCUACGCGGCCAGGCUCCGCCCGAUGUCGAGAUCAGAUUCUCCCUAUCAUUGCUGGAGGUCGAGCUUCUGAUACGGCGUGGAAACUUCAGCGGAGCUCUUCAGAAUAUCGAGGCAUUGACCAAGGGUAAACACCACGAGAUCAGUGAUAUCGCAGUUCAAACACGGCUGUUGAAUCUGAAAGCCAGAGUCCUGGCUGAAUGCGGACACCCACUCAAAGGAAUCUCUCUCGUGAUGAAAGCAGCACAGAUCGCGUAUCGCGGCCGCAUCCUGCCGUUGCUGUGGGAGUCGAUCGGACUUCUCGGCAGGAUUUUGAACGAAUUGAGAGAGUUUGCUGCGGCUAGUGAGAUACUUGAGUCAAUCAUGCCACAGGUCUUGCAGAAUGAAGACUGUGACCUUACAGCUCGGUCAUUCUCCGUUCUCGCAGAUGCAUACAUGGGAAUGGCAGGCUUGGAAGAGGACAGACCAAACAAACGGAAAGAGUUCAUCAGCAAAACAAUGGAGAACAUCGACCACGCCCACCUGCACUUCAGUCGCAUAGAGGACUUAAAGGGGCAGCUGGAGAUGUUAGAGAAGAAGGCCAUUCUGCUGCACUGGAAAGGGGACCCGGUUUUGGCAAAUGACGUUGCAGCUCAAUACCUCGAGCUUCAGAGGAAGUAUGAGUCUGAGAAAGUUUGA